AUGACCGCUUUCGGCAUUUCUAAGAAAAAUGUGGACAGGAGCUUUCAGGCUGAUCCCAGCUCGUUCAUUCCACAUUCCUACAGCCAUUCCCUGCUCGUCUCCGAUAAUCCGCGUCAAAAGUGCUAUAUGCAUCUCCAAAGCGACUGGUUCAAGAAACAGCUUCUUCCGGGUGCAAGUCUCACCCAGCUCCAGGAUGAUUACUCAUACCACUUGGAUCGUGUCAUGCAUUUAGAAAAGUUCCAGGGGCACUUUGUCACAAGCCACCAAUCGGAUUCUGAGGUAACCGUCUCUCUCGGUAGAUUUACACGCCAUAUCCUCUCACAUUGCUCCUUCCGUGCUUUCUUUGAUGAGACGCUUUUUGAGCUCGAACCAGAUUUUGCGAAGAUUUACCAGACGUGGGAGGACGAUAGCUGGAAGGUUUUCUACAACUAUCCUUACAUUCUUGCAAAAGAUCUGCACGAUGCAAGAAUCCGAGCAAUUGACACGCUGGCACGGUAUUAUCAACUGCCCCACGAAGCAAGGAAGCCUUGCUGGCUCUUCGGGGUUAUGAACAGCGAGCUAGAAGCCAUAGGCUUCUCUUCGACGGAUAGAGCAGGUAUGGUCAUGAUGAUUGUUUGGGCUAUCAAUAACAACGCGCAUUACAUCUGCUUCUGGAUGAUCAGCCAUAUGCUUUGCAACCAGGAAUUGUUCACUGCUGUUCGCUCCGAGAUCGACGCGUGUUUCGACGGCAAAGGCGCGGUCGGCCUCGACAAGCUGUUGUCACAGUGCCCAAGCCUCGACGGUACCUGGAACGAGGCGUUGCGCCUGUACAACGCAUCGACAGCUGUGCGCAAAGCAACAGCCGAUUGUUACAUUGGCAAUAAGAUCAUCCACAAAGACGACCAGAUAUUUGGACCGGUGCGCAACUGGCAGCUUGACGGCCACUUCUUUGGGGAGGAUGCAGGUACCUUCAGAGCGGAUAGAUGGUUGAAGCGAAAGGACUUAGCACGCUCCAGAGGUUUCACGCCGUUUGGUGGCGGCCACACAUACUGCCCCGGGCGCUACUUUGCACAGAGGGAGACCUAUCUAUUCAUUGCCCAACUCCUGCGAAGGUUCGACCUCCAAGUUGCCGAUGCCGAGGGCACCACGAUACCCAACCCUCAAGUCCCCCCAGUUGAGAUCAACCUUCCCUCUCCGGCAGCUAUGCGCCCUGUUGAUGACAUGCACAUUAAAGUGAAAACUAGAAAUGUGGUUUCAUAG